UUUCAACCAAUCAGAACCGUUAGAUUUAAACAGUGAGGAUAUGGCGGAGAAUAUGAAUUCUGGUAUCUCUUUUGAUACGUCGGCCACACCAAAUAGGCAAUUAAAUGCCAAGACUCUGUCCACCAGAUCUAUACUGAAACCUGAUUUGGUCAUCAAGUUUGUUGUGGUUGGUGAAAGUUGCCAGAAAAAUGAACAACUACAAAAGUCAUUGCAGUAUUUUAGUCACCCAGUCAUCUACUCAGACACUGGCCAAGAUAUCCCAGCAAAAUCCCCUGAUUUUGAAUACAUCUUCAUUCUUGAUAAUUUUGAAAAUGAAGUUUUUCGCCAACUUUAUUGUGAGAAAAAGCGUAUCUUUGGGCCACCAGUUCUAAUUACUUGUGCUCGAGAUAAUUUGCCUCUUCCAAAAUAUGGCCGACCACUCUAUUGUUUCUUCAUGAGUGGAUUAGUUCUGUGUAUUACUGGCAUCAAACGCAAAGAGAAAAUGUUAAAGCUAACAGACGUAGUCCAUCACAUGUAUGGAAUGGUAAAGAAAGAAAUCUCACCUAAAGUAACUCACCUGGUUGCUAAUUGUUGUGGAAAUGAUAAAUACCGUUUUUCUGUCAACUAUGGUAUACCUAUUAUGAAAGUAGAUUGGAUUAUGGAGGUUUGGGAACACCGUGACAAUAUUGUUAGCCGUGCUGAUCAAGAACUAUUUAUGAGUUUUCGUUUGAAACCUUUCGAAUUUUGUUAUUUGAGUUUCUUUGGAUUUAAAGAUGAAGACCAGAAACAAAUGGAGAAACUCACUUCAGAAAAUGGUGGAACCUAUGUAAACUGUAAUGAUGAAAGGGCUACACAUUUAGUGGUUGAUGAUCAAAUUACUGACGAUGUACCUGUUAUUAGUAACCCAAAAGGGUUUGUCGUAAGAGCUGAAUGGUUCUGGGGCAGUAUACAAAUAGAUGCUUGUGCAUGUGAGGAUAUUUACCUGUUUGAAAAGAAGGAGUCACCUGAAGCAUUCACACCAAAUUAUUUGAACAACUCAUUAAAGAAUCGUAAGCGUCGCCUUCUUCAAGACAUCAAUGAACGAUUAAACCAAGACCAGCAGACUCCAAACUGGGGUCCCAAGAGACGCUCCAAAGAUUUUGCUGACAAGAAUAUGACACCUGUGAAAAUAUGCCAAAAUGAGUCAUUAAUAGAAACAAGAAGUGUUGAAGAAAAAUGUACCAAGGACAGAAAUGCUCUGAAACCAUCACAGCGGUGUUUAGUUGCAAUGGAAUUGUUGCAGACAGAAUGGAAUUAUGUGAAGAUCUUGCAUACAAUUCUCCAUGUAUUUAAGGAAAAAAUUGAGGAACCAAACCAAUACAAUGUCCCAAUACUUGUACCACUUGAGAUUAAAUCAAUAUUUGGUAAAAUCCCACCAAUUUAUGACAUCCAUUGUAAAAUAAGGGAUGAGCUGUCAGACUUGAUUAACAAUUGGAAGGAAGAUGCCUUGGUUGGCGAUGUAAUUCUUAAACAUGCUGAUAAAUUGGUAAAAGCGUAUCCUCCAUUUGUGAACUUUUUCGAAAAAACAAAAGAGAGUAUUCUGGAAUGUGAAAAGAAGAAUCCUAGAUUUCAUGCCUUCUUAAAGGUAUCUCUUAACAAACCAGAAUGUGGUCGACAAACUCUAGUUGAAUUAAUGAUACGUCCUGUGCAGCGUCUUGGAAGUGUUAUUCUGCUUUUAAAUGAAAUUCUCAAACGAACUCUAAAAACCAAUCCUGAUUCCAAAAAGCUGGACGAAGCUGUCAAAGCAUUGAAAGAAGUUCUCACAUACAUUAACGAAGACAAGAAGAAGACUGAAAACCGUGUGGAAAUGUUUGACUUAUUUAAUGACAUUGAGUGUUGUCCUCCUUAUCUGCUCUCUUCACAUCGGACUUUCCUAAAGAAGGUCGACACUAUUGAAUUAUAUGGUUCUGUCAUUCCAAGAGGAGAAUCUUUGACUUUGUUCCUCUUUAGUGAUAGCCUGUCUAUUUGCAAACGUCGACUCAAGUUGAUGAACAAUGCUACUAAAAGUCCUUCCAGCCAUAAAACGCCACAGAAACCAUUUAAACAUUUAGCUUUGUUACCAUUAAACUCUAUAAAAGCUGUGUUGGACAUGAAAGAAACAGACACUUGUCAAAAUGCCUUUGGUCUCACCUGUAACAAUGGAGACAAAGAUGAAUGGUAUGCUUUUAAAAUGGACUGUGAUAUUCCAAAGAGUGAAUUUCAGAUGCUUCUUUGUCGGUCGAUUGCUGAUACCUUAUGCCGUACAGACUAUGAGAAAUUUUUCAUCACUGUUGAUGGUCAGACAUUAAGUGUUGACACAAGAGACUUGACACGGAGUAGAGCUUUACGAAUCCGUAAAAAAGUUGGUCGUGCCUUUUCUUUUAGCAAAACGCCAGCUCAGUUGAAAAGGGCCGUGUCGAGUGUAGCAAAUGGUUUGAGUCCUUUUAUGAAGGAGGGUCUUGGAGCAUCUGUGGGCACUCUGGGUCGCAGCUAUGGUUACUCUGCACAUCGACCGAACAGUACACUAAGUUUGAAUGAGAUUGAUUCUACUCUGAGUCACAUCAGUGAAGUUCCUUUGGCUGUUGGAGACGACACAGAUUCAAUUAGUCUUGAUGAUUACACUCUCACUGAAGAAGAAAGCCCAUCGAAAUAUUCGACUUUACCCAUUAUUAUUGGGAAAAAAUUGGCAGAUUACCAGUCAGAUGGUACCACCAAUACCUUAAACAAGUAUCUCUCUCGUUCAACUAACAAAGGGCAUUUCGAAAGGAAUACGCAAAUUUACCACGUCUAGCGAACCUGAGAAGCUGGCCUUGAGUACAAUGAAGAAAAAAAAUGAACUUUAUUAAUUCUGGUCAAAGCAGUAGUGACAACCCUGGACAUGUUCCAGUCUUAUUGGACUCCUCAGUGAGACAGCUUCUACUGGUACUUCCAGAAAAAAAUAUCCACCUACCC